ACUUCAGCGCAGGAGGGGUGGAGAGAGUGAGAGAGUGAGUGAAUGUGUUGCGGUGGGAGGAGGAGGAGGAGAGUAGGCAACCCUAGUUGACAGAUUUUCCCUGUUCUCUUGAUCAAUAAACACUUGUUCGCUUGGUUACGUCGUGAAGUUGUGUUCGCCGUGGUCGGUUGUACUUGAUCUCGCGGGUUUCGUGUGGAUAUUUGAGGUAUUCUGAGAGCUGCUGCAUCCAACAAUUUGCUGGAUGAGUUAGUGUGUUUUUUUAGUGCAUUUUUCGGGUUUUGAAGGGAGUAGCGGAAGGGAUUGGAAAAAGAAUAGGUGCUCAGGAGAGCGCUGUUGAGGAUGCGCUACAAUUUGCAGUUCAAGCUACAAAUCUAAUAAUGAAAUUUCCAUCCUUCAUUUACCACAUCCCAAAUGCGUUGAUAUGUAUUAGAAGAAUAUUUGGGGCCAGCAUCUUAAAGGCUUAGCUGGUUGGAGCUUCCGAUCCGCUCAGUUCAUAUGUGAUAUUAGUAUCCAAAGAGAUUGCUUUUAUACAUUCAAGCAUCGAACUGUACCAAUUCGCGUUUGCGGCGCCUUUGUAGUAGCUUGGAUAAGCUUGUUGGACAGCGGAGGGUUGUCUUCUAGAAUAAGUUCGUAAGUCAUAACUAGCAUCAUGUGGGAAUCGAUGCUUGGAAAGGGUUUCAAAGCCCAGAAAUGUAAGACGUUAUUGAGGCUAGCAAUGGCACGCAUCAAGCUUCUUCGUAACAAGAGAGAAGCUCAGGUCAAGCAGAUGCGUAGAGAGAUUUCUCAGCUGCUUACUAGUGGGCAAGAGCCUAGUGCAAGAAUUCGUGUGGAGCACAUCAUUCGAGAACAAAACAUUUUGGCGGCAUACGACAUACUCGAACUAUUUUGUGAACUUGUGGUUGUUCGACUGCCCAUAAUAGAGUCUCAGAAGAUUUGUCCUUUGGACUUGAAGGAGGCCAUCUCCAGUUUGAUAUUUGCCUCUCCACGCUGUUCUGAUUUGCCUGAGCUUCUACAAAUUCGCCAACUUUUUGCUGCCAAAUAUGGAAAAGAGUUUGCUGCGGCUGCAGCAGAAUUGCGUCCUGACUGUGGUGUUAAUCGUCGGAUAAUUGAGAAACUUUCAGUACGGGCUCCUUCUGGAGAGUUGAAAUUAAAGUUGAUGAAAGAGAUCGCUGCGGAGCAUGAUGUGGACUGGGAUCCUACUGCUACCGAAGAAGAACUAUUGAAGGCUCCUGAAGAUUUGCUUGAUGGACCAAAUCAUUUCGUUGCAGCCAGCGACCUACUGUCUCCUCAAUUGGAUGAUUCACGAAUAAACGCGACACCCGAUGAUUCUACAGAAGUUCCCACCAUAACUAUGUCCCAGAUGCCUUCAAACUUGGUUGGAUUAUCUUCAACUGCAUCUUCAUCUGAGGACGAAGGGCAGCUUCGCGUCCCGGUGAAGAAAAUCUCUUCACCAACUAAGAAUGAACCGCCUUCAUCGUUGUCUCCUCCGCGGAAUGUUGAGUCUGGUGGUAGGAAAGUUGAGCAGAUGUUACAUACUCCCAAGCGGGACAUUCAUUCGGGUGUGCGACCCGUUACCAAAGAGGACAGAAAUGUCGAUACAGUUAGGGAAGGACAAGGAGACUACUCGGAUGUUGCUUCCGCGGCAAAGGCUGCUGCCGAGUCCGCCAACCGUGCAGUGGCAGCAGCGCGAGCCGCAGCUGAGCUGGCCAAAACUCAAGGUAUUCACGACUCUAAGGUACCUAUCAGUACUGGAAUGCAGGACUCACGUGCUGCAGCUGAGGAUGAGGACAGUGUUACAGAUUUGGACAGUGACGAAGAAGACGAACGAAAUAUUCCUGUAGAACCACCUGUCCGGCGAGGAAGACAUGUCCAAGAGACGAAGCGAGCACCAGCAGGAUAUAGUGAUAGUGAUGGUGAGAGCGAUACGGCAGAGUACGAUGUGCCUUAUGGCAGGGGAGCUGCUGGAACGAAUCAGAGAUUUAAUGCUGCGUAUGAGCGCAGUGAAGCACCUGAAGUAUUUACAGAGCAGAAGCUUCCAUCAAGGGAAACCAAACUGGAUUUUCAGAAAAUAGAUGCGAACCGCAAGCCAGUAUUUUAUGAUGAUGAUGCUGAUGAUGAUGGAAGUGCAGAUGAAAAUACUGAAUCCCCAAGAUCCCGUAGGCAGAUUUUCGAUGGUAGCAGCUCAUCUAAAUAUAAAAGAGGGGGCCUUAAAUGGAUCUCCAAGGAGGAACCUAAACAGGAAUCUGCGGAGGAUUUGGAUCGGUAUGAUAUAUUUGAUGUCAACAGGGACAAAUCUACACUUCGAUACAGUGCUUUUGACUCAAGUGAUCACGUCGAUGGCAAUUAUGGUACGGAUCAGUAUUCAUCAAGGCGGGAAGAAACAUACUCAUCAUAUGAUCGACCUUCUGCUGGAAAAUCAGACAAUUUAAAGUUUAGCCGAGAUAGUUCUCCAUUGUUCGACGAAGAAGGAUCAGUUGGUAGAGCUCAUCAGCCCUCUCGUUUUGGAAGUUUACCUCAGAAACCUCACUACGACUAUGAUGAGGAUCAUGCUUCACUCUUCUCAAGUACACAAAAGUAUGAUGAAUCAGGGAUGGACUUCCCAAGUACUGGAGGAGUUUUCGACAGGGAUCCAUCUCCGAAGGUAAUUGAAUCUGAGGAUGAUUUGGUUGCACGGUUUGAGGCUCUGAAACAGGCAAAGCGGCGGUAGCUAUGGAGGUUGUCAACAUUAAUGGGAUGUAUCAUUUUCUUACCUCGAAAGUAUCCCUUUCAUUUGUUCAAAUGUAAUAUCAGCUGGUUCAAGGUGGAAAUUAAGCAUACGCUUUUAGAGUAGCGUUAAUGAACUUCUGGUCUCUGUAACUACGGUGGUCUGGAGGUCUGUGAUCCUGAGUUUCUCUUCAAAUCAUGUACAUGAACUUCAAUUAAUUAUUGUAUCUUAUAGCUUCCCGUGUUGUUUUAGUUUUCAGCUCGUGUAUAAGAACCAUUAGUUCACGAGUGCUGUAGAGUUCUUAGGGCUUGACAGCAUCUCCUAACAGAUAGUAUGUUCUAAAUGAAUUUGUGCGUGUGCUGUAAGAGGGAAGAUACACCCUUCAUUUAUUACACUGAUCAAUUUGCCUAUCCUUUUCCUCGUGUAGUAAGGAUUUUAUGUCUAUUGAAGGCGACGCCACUUUGUUCCA